GUCUGAUAUGUUUUGUUAUCGUACACAUUUUACGAAUUUAAUUUUCACUAAUUCAAAUAUCAACGAUUUCUUUGCCAAAUGUUUGGUUCAUCCCAACAAAUAACUUUUGUAGUUGCUGAAUGCUGACUACUGUUAAAUGUCAGUUGUAUUUAUAUUAUUUUGCAUGUUUUCAUUAUGAAGGUAGUCGUUCAACGUGUUUUAAGAGCCAAAGUUUCAGUUGAUGGACAUGAAGUCAAUUCAAUAACUAAAGGCUUAUGUCUGUUGGUUGGUUUGCAGAAAACUGAUGAAAAAAAUGAUAUUGAUGCUAUGGUUCAAAAGAUAUUAAAGCUACGACUUUUCAAUCAAGAUGAAAAGAAAUGGCAUUGUAAUGUAAUGGACAUGAAUUAUGAAAUAUUGUCAAUUAGUCAGUUUACUUUAUGCUAUAAGCUUAAAGGAAACAAAUUAGAUUUUCAUAUGGCCAUGCCUAGUGGCCUUGCAAUGCAAAAUUAUCAAUAUUUUUUAGACACUUUGCGUAAACAUUAUAAUCCAAAUAAAAUUAAAGAUGGAGCAUUUGGGGAAAUGAUGGAAGUUGAAAUAGUGAAUGAUGGACCAGUAACUGUUCAAUUGGAAUUUCCCAAUCCUGAAAAAUGUACUGAUGGAAAAUCUGAUAAAUUGGGCGAUAUGGAUAAACUAUAGAUUAAAAAGUAUUUUUUUACUUAAGUUUUUUAAUUUUCAUAUUAUUUGAGUGUAAUAAAAUAAAUACUGCUAACUUAAUACUUUCAUUAGUUAUCUA